ACAUACACCCCUCCCCAACACACAUACACACACACACACACACACACGACACUUACAUUCACACCCACACACUCCCACACACAUAUUGGGGCUGUGAGAGUUGCCUGCCUGCCAUUGCCUGCCAGCGUCCUGGGACAGACAGAGAGGGAGAUAGAGAGAGAAAGAGAGAGAGAGGGAGGGAGUGAGAGAGAGGGAAAGUGUGUUUGUGUGAGAGAGAGGGGUCGUAAGAGAGGAGAGGUAGAGCAGAAGGAGGUAGAGAGACAAGUGGCACAGGCGUAACUGAAGAGGGCUUGCAUUGUCUGCAGCAAGAGGACAACAACUACACGACUAAAGAGGAUCUGGAUCAGUCUGUUGGACGACAGACUUUUACCCCCCCCCCCCCCCCCCCACCUCUUUUUUUUAAGACUUUAUUUUUACUCACUGGCGACUGGUCGCACACGCUUACUGCGUGUGUGCACGGAUUUGUUGGCUCAAACGUGUGUGAGCGAGCGUGUGUCUCUUACGCAUUCGACAGGAUCUCCCAUUUGACACUCUGCCCAUGGCUGACCUGAGCCUAAAGCUGGAACGUGUCGCCCUCAACGAUGCCUCCGAUGACGAGGAGGAGGUCCCCCUGGUGACGGCCGCAGUAAAGCCCGCCGUCACUCCGGUCAAGAAGGGGCCCAGUGUUGCCACCCCUGCUGCCACUAUCGUGCCCGCCACUGCAGUGCCUGCUGACAGCGAUGACGACGACGACGACGACGUUGUCUACGAUGAGGACGACGACGAUGACGCCGCAUCCGUGGAUGUGAAGCUGGCCCUGGACCCGGCUGGCGAUCAAGACCAAGAUGGCGACGAAGUGGACUCCAACGGCAUGAUGGUGCUGGCUCUGCUGGACAAGAUCAUCGGCGUGGUAGACCAGAUCCAACACACCCAGAACAGCCUGGAGGCCCGGCAGACGGGCAUGGAGAAGAGCGUGACCAGCAUCCAGGGCGAUCUCACCAAGCUGGCCAAGAACCACACGGGCACCAGCAACACCGUCAACAAGAUGCUGGACAAGCUUCGCAAGGUCAACACCAACGUGAAGAGCGUCCGCGGCGAGCUGGAGAGGCAGGCCGGCCAGAUCAAGAAGCUGGAGAGCAACGAGAACGAGCUGCUCAAGAGAAAGAACUUCAAAGUCAUGAUAUACCAGGAGACACCCGUCCCUGAGAAGAAGCUACCAGUGAAAGUGGAAGCAGUGAAGCAGACAGUAGAGGAGGAAGGAGAGGAGGUGGGAGCUGAUGGAGUAGUGGGAGACGAGGAGGUGGAGAUCGAGGAAACCAUCGAGGAGUCCCGCGCCGAGCGCAUCAAGCGCAGCAGCAAGCAGCGCAUGGAGAACAUCAAGAAGACCUUUAGCAAAGAGAACAUGGAGAAGACCAAGCAGAAGACCAAGGACAACCUGGAGAAGACCCGCCUGCGGACGAAGGAGAACCUGGAGAAGACCCGGCAGCGGACCCGCGAUAACCUCGACAAGACCCGGCAGAACCUGGACAAGAAGAUGGCCAAGCUUGGCACGGAGCGGAAGGAGAAGCUGCAAAAGUCGCGCGACAAGCUGAAGAAGUCCCUCAACCUGGAGCCCAGCGGCCACCCCCGCCCCAAGAACGCCACCUACCGGGUGCCCCCUUUCACCUUCCACGUCAAGAAGAUCCGCGAGGGCCAGAUGGAGGUGGAGAAGGUGGAGGUGGUGGAGGAGGAGGCCAAACACAUCGUCAUGGGUGGCCUGGAGGAGGUGGACGAAGAAGACCUGGAGGUGGAGGUGGAGGAAGGGGUGCUGGUAAGUUUGGACAGCCCAGAGAUGGAGGCCGUGCUAGAGGUGGCGGAUUCCUCAAAGCUGGUCUUGGUGGAUAUAGAUCUUCCAAAACAGAAAUAGAGAGAAAUAUGUAGUGGGCCUACAGGCCACUGAGCUUGUAGGAGAAACAAGCAGGUAUGUGUGUCUGAGGUCUACACGUGGAAGGAGACGACAUAAGGAGAGAUGGUUCGAUGGAAGAAUGGAUGAACUAACAACUAUGAUGGAAAAGAAGGCAUGGGGGAGACGAUGGACUCGUACACCGUUGCCAAAGAUUGUGUUGUUUUCUCUAUUUUUCUUUUACUUUGUUUGUUUUCACUUUUCCUUUUAAUCAGAAUCUGACCCGAAGCGUGAUGAACCAAGGCUGCCAUAGACUCUUAUGUGUGCGCGUUUAGAAUUCAGGACUUAUAGUUUUACCCAUAGUUGAUUAGCUGCCAUUUAAAGAUUGAGUCUUCUUUGAGUGCCUGAGGGUGGUUUGUUUAUCUGUUGUGGAUGUCACCACCAUUGAGUGUGGAAGUCUAUUGUGUAGUGAGAAGUAAGGAUGGAAGUUUCACAGUGUGUGUGUUACGGUAACACAGGAAGCAAUCACGAGGAAUGAGACUGCAGGGGUUUCUCCAACCUGAUUACGUAACCAAAGAGCUCUCGUGUCAAAUGAUGGGGGCAUCUAAAUCCCAAUAUAGGAUCAUCCUCCUUAUUCUUGUAACUCUCCCUUAUAUUUAAAACCUAACCUUCAACUAAUCCUUAUUCUCUAGCCCAUGUUGUUACCCCUUCUACCCCUUACCCAAGUCUCACUGUGAUAUAUAGAUAUAUAAACCCUGUGUUGGAGAGUAAAGACAAAAGCCAGUUGGUGGUUUAAUAUCAUGUGGAGUGUGUUUCAAACAGGCAGGAUAGUGCUUUUAUAUAAGAGAGAACGAACUAUAAACUUGAAAAGUAUUGAUACUGUAUGUACAGUCAUGUGAAAUCGAUUAGGUGUUCAAUCUACAACAGAAGAAAUUGAAUAGAGUCAAGUAAUCAGUCUGUAUGAUCAGAGCAUAAGCUAUGCUGCAAUCUGAAGAUGGUGGAGUAUAUAUUGUUCUGUUUUAGAUGAAAGUCACAAUCCAUAAUCAUCUUGUGACUGAGUGUGUAUGUUUUAUAAGGUCAACACUGAACUCAUAAUAAUUUAAAUGUAAAAAAAUGUUUGUAAAAUGGAGAUCGGUGCUGUUCCAGAUCAAUAAAUGACUACCAGUGUGUCAAA